CUGUGACGUUAUAUAGCUCACGCUGGUGGAAGCAAUGGGGACAGCCUGGUUUUGACACCUUAAUAUUUCUGCAACUGUGUAUUUCAUUUAACUGCUUUUAUUCAAAGCAUGUUACGGACACUGUGCCAGGCCGGCGGCGCCGUAUUUAAGAACUCCCAGCGGACUGUGCCCAGACUGUGGCUGACUCCGAUCCAGCAACGAUGGGCCUCCCGCUUACCCAUGAACACCGUGGUGCUGUUUGUGCCACAGCAGGAGGCCUGGGUGAUCCAGAGGAUGGGUCGCUUUCACCGCAUCUUAAAGCCGGGAUUGAACUUCCUCAUUCCCAUACUUGACCAAGUUCGUUAUGUGCAGAGCCUUAAAGAGAUUGUUAUUGACAUUCCUGAACAGUCAGCAGUGUCCCAAGAUAACGUGACUCUGCAAAUUGACGGAGUCCUUUUUUUGAGAAUCUUAGAUCCUUUUAAGGCCAGUUAUGGUGUAGAGGAUCCAGAAUAUGCUGUGACUCAGCUCGCUCAAACCACAAUGCGUUCAGAACUGGGCAAACUCACGCUGGAUAAAGUCUUCAGGGAAAGGGAGUCUCUUAAUUCCAACAUGGUCCACUCCAUCAACCAGGCGUCAGACGAUUGGGGAAUCCGCUGCCUGCGUUAUGAAAUCAAAGACAUACAAGUUCCUCCUCGUGUUAAGGAGUCAAUGCAGAUGCAGGUGGAGGCUGAGCGCAAGAAGAGAGCCACAGUGCUGGAGUCUGAAGGGACACGAGAGGCAGAUAUAAACAUCGCAGAGGGUCGCAAACAAGCCCAGAUCCUCGCUUCAGAGGGACAGAAGGCCGAGCAGAUAAACAAAGCAGCCGGUGAGGCCUCAGCUGUGUUAGCCAAAGCAGAAGCCAAAUCCAAGGCCAUUCGCCUGCUGUCAGACGCUCUGGCUGAACAGAACGGAAAUGCCGCGGCCUCACUGAGUGUUGCCGAACAGUACGUCUCUGCUUUCUCCAACCUCGCCAAAGAGUGCAACACUGUGCUUCUGCCCUCUAACACCGGUGACGUUAGUGGAAUGGUUGCACAGGCCAUGAGCAUUUACAGCAGGCUGGCCAAACCGAGUCCAAAAAUUGAGAGCAUCAAGAUGGAGACAGAUGAACCCAAUGAAAGGCCUCCAGUCCAGCCAACGUCAGCUCAAUAGCCGUGGACGUCGUUAAUGCUCUAAACUGUCGCUGACAGAGGGAGAGGUUUUUCCACAAUUCUGGAGCACAAUGGCACCGCUGUUUGGACUCAGUGUCUGAUGCAAAGGGCACUCUAUCUUCUGCAGGGCACAGGAUGUCGUGACGGAGGAACGACACUUGAUAAACAGAGACGAUGUUGAGCAAAGAACGGCUGGGAAAAGAGAAACUGAGCCGCAAAUUAAAUCACUUGUGUUGGAGUUUGUUUUGUCGCCUAAAAAAGGACGUUUGCUGCCUGUUAUAUUAGGUCGAAAAUGAAAUGUAUUUUCGGAAGAAGUUGUUUUUUUAUUUUCUAUGUUGCAUAUAAAUCUUUAGGAAUCAAGAUAGUUGUUGUAAGACACAGUGUGAAAUAAUGUUAUAAAUACAUUUGUUGAUGUUUAACUGGUGACUGGAAAAAGAGAAAUGUGGGCACUGAGAAAAAAUAAAAAACUAUU